UGAUAGUGGAGAUUUAUUUGUUGUCGACUCUGAUAAUCAUCGUGUAGUGAAAUGGUCAAUGAAUGCAACAAGUGGUAUUCUUGUAGCUGGUGGAUUUGGUCGAGGACCAUUCUCGACUCAACUGAAUAGUCCAACUGCAAUUAUCAUGGAUGGUUAUGGUAACAUGUUUAUUCUCGAUGCAGGUAAUCAACGUAUUCAACAAUUUACACCUGGAAAUAAUGUUGGUAUUACAAUUUUUGAUGGAUCUUAUAACAGUGGCUUCAGUAUAAAUGCUCAUAGUAUGGCGAUGGAUUCACUGGGAAAUCUAUACGUUUCUGAUUAUAAUGGUAUGCGUAUUCAAAAGAUCAAUCUUGUAUCAAGUAGUUCAUGUACAGGUAUAUUAGGUAGUGGAGAGCGAAACGUAAUUAUAACAUCCGUUACCCCACCACUUGGCAGUUGUUCAAAAGCCAUCUACAACACAGACUCAAAUACUGUAGUUUCCAAUCUCACAGGAAAUCCAUAUGGUGUAGCAAUAGAUGCUUAUAAUAAUAUCUAUGUCAGUGAUUCUAGCAUUCAUGUCUACAAAUUCUCAGGAAACACAACGUUAGCCACAUCGGCUAACGUUAUCAUACCUAUGACAAAUCAAACAAUUAACACUGGUGGUUCAACACUAAGUCAAAUUGGUCUCAUUAAUGCACUUUUUAUUGAUCAAGCAACAAAUAACAUAUACUUAUCGGAUACUGGUCCAUAUUGUCCACCAACUUAUUGCUAUUAUUAUGCAAUGAACAACUAUCGUGUUCAAAUUUGGUCACUCAAUCCAGGAACAGUAGCAGGAACAACUGUAGCAGGAAUCGGGGCAUAUGGUGCUCCUGGAUUAUAUAACGCAAUAGCAGCAAGUUAUGGUCUCUAUGUAGAUUCAAGUGGUACUUUAUUUGUUUCAGAUUAUGCAAACCAUCGUGUAACAAAAUGGGUUCAAAAUAGUGCAUCAGGAAUUGUUGUAGCUGGUACUGGUAUAUCUGGUUCGAAUCUUACUCAUCUUAAUGGUCCACGUGGUGUAUGGGUAGAUGAUAGUGGAGAUUUAUUUGUUGUCGACUCUGAUAAUCAUCGUGUAGUGAAAUGGUCAAUGAAUGCAACAAGUGGUAUUCUUGUAGCUGGUGGAUUUGGUCGAGGACCAUUCUCGACUCAA